AGUAGAUAGGGGAAACGUUUAAGAGACGAAGACCGACCCACACGCCAUUACAGGCUACGGCUUCUUCAAUCUUCCUAACCCGAAGUCCCUCUCUUCUUCUCCGAUUACUCAAAACCUCUGGUUUCUCAAUCCAUCUCUUCCCAUCAAUCUCCUUCAUGUUUCUUAUAUGCCCAACAUCAACAUAGAGCAAAAGCUCGAUUAGGUUUAGAACUCAAUGGACAGCGAUCAUCACAGCCCCAAUUCAGAACUUGAUCCCGAGACUCUCUCUUCUAGGGUUUCCGACUUCUCGCUGCACGACGACACCCCCAACUCGGAAGUUCAAUACCCUCCGGAUGAUAGAGAAGGUAAAAAUCAUUCAGAGGAUAAGUAUAGUGACUUCCCAAGAAUGACAGAACCUAGAGAGGAUGAAUGUGAGCUAGAUGGGAAGGAUAAGGGGGUAUCAGCAGCCGGCCGCUCGGAGCAAAAGAAGUACUUUUAUUAUGAUGCUCCACAUUAUGAAACGACAGGUGUUUGGAUACCUGUUUCUGUUCCCCCCAUGUUGGAAACGGAUCAUGAAGAGUGGUCGAAAGGUUUUUACGCAAAUGGGGGGUUCUUUCCCGAGAAUGACAUGGGUUGGGAACAGUUUAUUGAUGGUGAGAAGGAGAUGACCAUGUGGGAUGUGAUGGUGGAGAUGUUGCUUGCGGCUCGUGGGAAAGUGAGUUCAUUGGCUUCGCCUGAUCUGUAUGGAUGUCGUAUUUCAUGGAUGUCUGAUAAGCUACUAGAGCAAGCGUGGCAGGAAAUGGCACAAACACUCACAGAUGCGAACUUGGCUCAUGUACACGAAAUUCUGGAAGCUGACCCGCCAAAGUGGCUGGCCGAUAGUUCUGCAUCUUCUUGCAUGCUCUGUGGCACGCAGUUUCAUCCGAUCAUGUGCUCUAGGCAUCACUGUCGGUUUUGUGGAGGGAUAUUUUGCGGUGACUGUUCCAAAGGAAGGAGUCUGUUGCCCAAAAAGUUUCGGGUUGCAGAUCCUCAGCGUGUUUGUGAUGUAUGUUGUGUAAGACUUGAGUCUGUACAGCCGCAUUUAAUGGACCAAGUAAGUCAUGCUGCUCAGGUGCCAACCCAUGAUCUCACGGACCUUAGCACUUUAAGGUCAUGGGUUAAUAUUCCUUGGGGACGGUCCAUGGAGUAUGAGAUAUAUAAGUCGACAAUAGCAAUCCAGGCUUAUAAGAAGGUAUGUGCCCUAAAGCCUGAGAAGUCAAUUCCCGAUGCCAUUUUAAGACAAGCGAAAGGUCUUGCAAUAAUCACUGCUGUCAAAGUUGGAGUUAUGGUCACCUACAAUAUAGGCACAGGACUUGUGGUUGCUCGCAGAGAAGAUGGCUCUUGGUCUCCUCCAUCUGCUGUUUCAACCUUCGGUGUAGGAUGGGGAGCGCAGGCUGGAGGGGAGUUGACUGACUUUAUCAUUAUUUUGAGAACAAAUGAAGCUGUAAAGACAUUCAGUGGUAAUGCUCAUCUGUCAGUAGGAGCUGGCUUGAGUGCUGCAGUUGGCCCCUUUGGAAGGGCAGCUGAAGCUGAUUUUCGAACCGGCGAUGGUGGUUACGCUGCUUGUUAUACAUACAGCUGUAGUAAAGGUGCAUUUGUUGGAUGUUCUCUUGAAGGCAGCAUUGUAACCACACGCACACAGGUGAAUUCUCGAUUUUAUGGCAGCCAGUCACUGAAUGCAUCAGAUAUACUCCUUGGCUCAUUGCCUAAACCACCGGCGGCUGCCACUCUCUAUCGUGCACUUUCAGAUCUAUAUCAGAAGCUUGAGCGUUGACAAGUUGAGAUGGGGCUGGGGGAAUAAAUCGUUGAACUGUGUAUAUAUGUUGUGCAUAUGCUAUGAAGGUUCUUUGCUGCCAUUCUUUGCCCAUGAAACAGUUAGCAGGGUAUAGCAUGUCCAUCGGGUGUAAAGCAAGAUAACAAAAACGUUCCUCAAUGGAUGAAGCUUUACUUUCUAUUGCUAAAUGAUCUUAACUCCGUGUAUAUAUUCAUACCAUACCCCUUUCUAUUUGUAAAUAUGACCCAUUGGAAAGCAAAAUAACUUGGGAAAAAGAAAUUCUUCUAAGA